AGAUUACUCUUACUCUGAUCGGAAUCAACCUCGGUUUUUUUUGCCUCGAUUCGCCUUGCUCCACUGACGAUGAGUUUGAGCAAGAGCCUUCCUCGUGAGAUGGUCCUCGAAAUUCUCAAGAGAUUGCCAGUGAAGCCUCUGAUGAGAUUCAAAUGCGUCUCCAAAUCGUGGCGGCUCAUGAUCGAUGAUCCUGACUUCGUGGCCAUGCACUUGAAGCACUCCGCUCUCGGUGGCACGAACUGGUACCUUCUUCUCAAGGUUCGGUACCCUUCUCGCGAGCAGAAGAGCUCUCUGUAUCCAGAUAAGUCUCUUACCGUGGAUUCUCAGAUAGAAAUCGAAGUUCCAUUCGUUAGCCCUACGGCCAAUUAUAGUUUCGUGGGUUCGUGCAAUGGAUUGAUAUGCGUUUCUGAGAAAAAUACUGAACAUGGAAGUUGGACGUUUUUUUUAUGGAAUUUAUUCACUAGAAAGUACAAGGCGGUUCAGAGUUCGUCUCUGAAUUUUGCUGAAACUCGUACGGUUCUAGGAUUUGGGUACAGCGACCGGAUUAAUGACUAUAAGGUUGUUAGGAUUACUCAUUGUCGUGAUAAAUAUGGAGGAUUCUGGAGGGGAUUAGUAUCUGAAGUUGAAGUAUAUAGCCUUAGUACAGAUACAUGGCGGGCGGUGGAAUUCGACCGCGGGUGCAAGCUCUGCGACCUCUCGACAGUCUCUUUCAAUGGAAAUUUGCAUUGGAUGUCCAUUCUUGCUGAUGGAGACUGUAGUUGGUGUUGUGGAUCGAUAACCACGUUUGGCGUAGCGGAUGAGGUCUUCAAUGAGAUGCCACUGCCGAAGAGUCUUGUUGGAGUCCCGUCUGUCGAGGUUAACUUGGAAGUUUUGAAUGGCUCGUUGGUGCUGCUGAUUAGUCAUGUGAACUGGAGAAAUCUAGUGAUAUGUAAGUGUGACGUUUGGGUUAUGACGGAAUAUGGCAUGCCCGAGUCCUGGACUAAGCUGCACACCAUACAUCUGAAUGGGGACGUGGGGAGAUUUCGUGGCUUCACGAGGAGUGCGUGGGACUGA